AUGUUACUCUUGACUGACGACUACAGCUACGACUACGCGAUCCUAAAAGCUUUCAAUCCUUUCUACGCAUUCGACUACCUAAUACGAAACAAAUACGAAGGCUGGCGCAGUCUCGGCGGUAUACUCCUGGCCUUCACAGGCGUCGAAGCUCUGUUCGCCGAUAUCGGUGCCUUCAGUCGUCGUGCCGUACAGAUCAGUUGGCUCGGAUACGCCUACCCGUGUUUACUGCUUGCCUACAGUGGCCAAGCCGCCUACAUCAGUGUGCACCCGGAGGCAUACUCCAACCCCUUCUACAACUGCGCCCCACCAGGAUGGCUCAUCUUCUCGCUCAUCGUAGCCAUCGCAGCUGCCAUCGUCGCGUCUCAGGCCAUGAUCACGGCGACGUUCCAGCUCCUGACCCAGAUCAUGAAGCUUUCGUACUUCCCGCAGAUCAAGGUUGUUCACACUUCGACAACAUAUCAUGGUCAGCUGUAUAUUCCCAGCAUCAACUGGCUACUGAUGGUUGGAACUGUACUUGUUGCUGCAAUCUACAACAACACAACAUCCUUGGGUAACGCAUACGGUGUAUGCGUCAUGUUCGUCACAUUCUUCGACACUUGCAUGGUUACCCUCGUUGCGAUUUUAGUGUGGCGCAUCAAGCCAUACUUUGUGAUUCUUCCUUGGCUGACCAUCGCUUGUUUGGACGGUGCCUACCUGUCAUCGGCACUCACCAAAGUGCCAGACGGUGCUUGGUUCACCAUCUUGCUUGCCUGUCUUCUCGGAUCCAUAUUCAUCCUUUGGCGAUUUGGCAAAGAACAACAAUGGGGCGCUGAAGCUAGCGAUCGCUUCCCAACGACGCAUUUCGUGAAGACAUUACCAGACGGCCGCCUAGAGUUGACCGAGCAAUAUGGGAGCAAGUCCGUUGGCACCAUGGAAGGCUUCGGCAUCUUCUUCGACAAAGCUGGCGAGACAACUCCUAUCGUCUUCAGUCAGUUUAUCCGCAAACUAGUCACCAUCCCCGAGGUCAUCGUCUUCUUCCACCUCCGGCCGCUAGAAGUACCUUUCGUCGCCCCAGAAAACCGAUACAGUGUUUCGCGACUCGCCGUCCCCAACUGCUACCGCCUAGUAGUCCGCCAUGGCUACAUGGACGAAGUCAUUACCCCAGAUCUAGCAUCUUUGAUCUACGAGAAAGUCCGCAACCACAUCGUCGCACGGGCCCUGGAACGCGAUGGCGAGAUAUCAGCCAAGGCUACCGGCGCCCAGCCGGAGAAGACUAUGGUUACCGAGACUGUUGCUGGGAGUGGCAUAUCGACUCCAACGCGCAGCUCAACUACUUCUGCGCGUCUAGAAGCACUUGAGCGUGCGUACAACCGUGAGGUAUUGUACAUCAUUGGUAAGGAGCAGAUGAAGCUUAAGGUCGGUACGAACAUCAUCCGCCGGUUCUUCCUAAAGGCUUUCUUGUUCAUCCGGGAUAACUCGAGAGCGAAAAUUGCGAGUUUGGAUGUUCCUAUGGAUAAGGUUAUUGAGGUUGGGUUUGUGAAGGAUGUGUAG